AAAGGGCCCCAGGGAGAGCUGUCCAUACACUGAGAGCAUCUGCACAAGCGUGUCGAGGAUCUGCAAGUGUGUUGCCGUUCAGCUAACUACACAAACUGAUUCAUGAGAUCCUGUACUGACGGGGGGGGAAACAAAAAAAAAACCCAACAUUAACUCGUGUUUUAACACCGUUUAGCCAAGGAAAGUGAACCUCCAAGCAAAAAAAGCAAACACAGAUCCUGGUGCACAACUUUGGGGAGAAACAAGGAGCAAAUAAACUCCUCUCACUUUUAUUAUGCGGUAUUCUUUUGUCACAUUUGCCCCAUUGAGUGUGCUGGCAAACCUGGGUGUGAUUCCCGGCUGAAUUCAUAGGACCGCAGUGCACGCAAAUAUAAUUGGCCUCCCAAAAAAAAAAAAAAAAAAAAAAAAAAAAAAGCUUUGAUAAAUGUAUCAUUGUGUGUUUAGAGCGGAUACCACGCAUGACACGUCUCCAAUGGGCUUAAAAAAGUAAAUUCAUCUAAUAUUUAUGGCUACAGAGUUGCGCGGGUGCCUUGGGUAAACGAAUAACUGAGUCGAUUGACGCGUGCGUUGAAACAAAUCGCAUGUGAUUUCCAGCUUCAGUCAUUUUGGCAGCACGAUGCAAGAGAGAUGUGAAACUGGAGCCGCUGCCGGAGAUGUCGACGGAGAGGAGCCCCUGAAAUCGUCGCCACCAAGGAAAUAUGGGAAAAUCUUGUUUUGCAUAGAUGUUUUAGCAACCGCUGCAUAAAUUAAAUAAGAAACCAUCUCAUGAGGGGAUCGAUGUUCGAGUCCAAAGGGAUUUAAUAACACAUCACCACCUGUUACUAGAAAAAUCAGCUCUUGCAGGAUCUCAGCAGCUCCUCUCCUGCUAAUAGACCCCAGCCUUUAACCAAAUUUAGGAUUGGGAUAAUACCUUCAGCCACAUCUUCAAACUGCGGCAGCACAGCCGCCGAUCAGAGCCUGUCAGGAGUAAAAAGCUACAGGAUAGCCUCAUUCUGCUCUUCAGCGUCAGCUCCAUCGGGAAUAAUCCUGCCCCAGCCCGUUGCAGCCGCUCCAGACAGCCGGGAGAGUUGACAGCGCUGCUCCCCCAAUCUGACAGCCAUGAUCUGGGAAGAUCCUCUGCUGCGGGUCGGAUCAGGGAUCAGCUCACGACUAGAUGGCUAGACCUCUCUAAACGAAGAGCUGGGGGGCUUUCUACUGAGUUUCCCUCACUGCAUUGUAGCACAUGGAUUUCAAGACUUCAAAUGAAGAGACAAAGACUGGGAUUUAUUUGUUGCAAGAAGGUAAUGAGGAGCCGUUCAAUAUUCGACUACACUUGGCAAAAGACAUUCUGACCAUUCAGGAGCAAGAUGUCAUCUGCGUGUCGGGAGAGCCUUUUUAUUCCAGCGAGAGGACAGUGACAAUCAGAAGGCAGACGAUCGGAGGGUUUGGUCUGAGCAUCAAGGGUGGAGCAGAGCAUAAAAUUCCAGUUGUGAUAUCAAAAAUAUCAAAAGAACAAAAAGCUGAACUUUCCGGGCUCCUGUUCAUCGGAGACGGCAUCCUUCAGAUAAAUGGAAUAAACGUUAGAAGCUAUCGCCACGAGGAAGUGGUCCAGGUUUUGAGAAAUGCCGGCGAAGAAGUGACACUUACCGUCUCGUUCCUGAAGAAGACUCCGGCUUUUCUUAAAUUGCCUCUUUGCGAGGAUUGCACGUGUAUCCCCAGUGACCAGAGCAGUGGCACCUCGUCUCCUCUGUGUGAUAGCGGCCUGCACUUGAACUACCAUCCUAACAACACGGACACGCUGUCCUGCUCGUCCUGGCCCACGUCCCCGGGGCUGCGCUGGGAGAAGAGAUGGGUGGACCUUCGCCUUAUUCCUCUGCUUCACUCCCGCCUGUCGCAGCACGUCCCGGGCUCUGACGUCUGCAGGAAAAAUGCGUUCCAAGUCAUAGCCGUGGACGGGGUUUGCAGCGGGGUGAUCCAGUGCCCCACAGCCGAGGACUGCUUGGACUGGCUUCAAGCAAUAGCAAGCAACAUAUCCAGUCUCACCAAGCACAAUGUGAAGAAAAUAAACCGAAAUUUUCCAGUUAACCAGCAGAUUAUCUACAUGGGCUGGGUAGACGAGAAGGAGCAGGACUCCGUUCAGGACCGAAUGUAUUCACCAAAGUUCCUCGCUUUGAGGGGUUCUUCACUCUUCAAGUUCUCAGCGCCUCCUGUGACAACAUGGGACUGGACCAGAGCUGAGAAAAGCUUUACUGUGUAUGAGAUUAUGUGCAAGGUUUUAAAGGAUAAUGACCUUCUAGACAAGAGGAAGCACUGCUUCAGCGUCCAGACGGAGAGCGGGGAGGACAUGUUCUUCAGCGUGGAGCUGGAGUGCGAGUUGCUGAUCUGGGAAAAGGCUUUUCAGAUGGCUACUUUCCUGGAAGUGGAGAGAAUACAGUGCAAAACGUAUGCCUGCAUUAUGGAGAGCCACCUCAUGGGACUCACCAUUGACUUCAGCAUGGGCUUUGUGUGCUUUGAUGCUGCCUCAAAGGCAGUCCUCUGGAGAUACAAGUUCUCCCAGCUGAAAGGAUCAUCCGAUGACGGGAAGAGCAAGAUCAAAUUUUUAUUCCAGAACCAAGACUCUAAAGCUAUCGAAGCCAAGGAGCUGGAGUUCUCCAAUCUCUUCGCCGUGCUCCACUGUAUCCACGCUUUCUUCGCUGCCAAAGUUGCUUGCCUUGACCCGAUGUUUGUGGAGAGCCAAGGCACUGCAACGACCACAGGGAUCCCCUCUCUUACCGGUCUGUCGUGUAAUUCACAGACGUCUAAGCUCAAGUACGCCACUUGACAGGCGCUGCGGUCUCCUUCCCCCCUCCAAGACACCGCGCUUAGUCACGACCAUGACCCAAAAUGGCGGACGGGAGAACUGGAAUGAGUGUGUUCAGCUGAGGGUGAAGUUUCGAAGGCUGACUGUACACAAGUGGAACUCUUUUCAAGGAAAGGCACCUUCUGGGGGAAAAGACGGUUGAUAUUUUCAAGGAGAACAAGUGGAUUUCUGGGAUUUUCUUUUGGAACCGUAGUGGACUUAAAACAUCAAAACUGUCCUUUGAAUAACUUCGUAGCUGACUGAAAUAUUCUAGCAACAAUGGACACAAAGUGUGUGAAUCUUAUUAAUAUUAAUAUUAUUUUUUAUCAAACCCUGUCGAUCCUCAGACAUCCUAAUAGUCAACACACCACAAAAAGCGACACAUCUGCUUUUCUGUUUGAUUUUACAGAAGGUUUGGUGGAGUCCUUUCAAAAUAAGUUUUCCUCAAUCGUCCGGUAUGUCACUCGAACUUCCCUGAUGAUAAUAAUAAUAAUAAUAAAAAAAAGGAUUUGACACCUUUUCUUUCCACUUAAAAUAAAGUGAAUAUUAAUGUGUUUGUGUAGCCGAGGUGAGAACUCCUCCCGUUUCUUACACAUAUAGUUUUUGACUAAUAGUGAAAGAUUAUUUUCCAGUGGCACACGAUUCCGUUUCAAUUAAAGAGUAAAUGGCAACAUCAGUCUCACUUUGCAAGGCGAGAGCGCUUUCAUUUUGAAGAAUAUUAAUUAGAUAAAGGCUCGCCGGCAGUGAUAGUGGAUGAAAUUAUGCGGGUAUGUGGGGUAACCUCAUUUCUCUCACUCGCGCUCUCUCGCUCGGCGUACGAAGGUGGUUUCAUGUACACACUUGGUGUCAGAUUAUCCCCAUUUCCUCCACUGCGGCUCCACCACCGGGCAGCGCAGCCCCCGAUGCUGUUUGCAAGUGUUUCUGUCGAUAUGGCCGCAGAGUGACACUCUGAUAAGACCGGUGUGUUUAAUCAAGUCCGCCCCUCCUAUCCUGCUCUGACCAUGAUUAGAAAAAUAGACACCUUCUGUAACGUUUUUAUCGCUUUUCUUUCUCUUUUUUUUUUUUUUUUUAAAGAAAUAUUGAUUAUGGAAAUUAACACUGACAUUCAAAUGAACUCCAAAAGAACGCUGAAUUAUAGCGAUUACUUGAGGGAUUACUUUUUUCGGGAUUAUGGCACUUUGUUAAUUUGAUGUGCACCAGAGAAUAGACAGUUCACAUCCUCUUUCUCUCUUCCUCAUUCACUCGAUGGACCAAUUUAGACGAAUAAAACAAGCUAUGGUGUGUUCUUUUCUUUUCUUUUCUUUUUUUGAAGAAGAAUAUUUAUCUUUCUGAAUUCAACUUGUAAAUAGCGAAACAAGGUGAAAACGUUUUUUCGUUGGCAUGUCCACGUGUCUAUGCGAGACGCGCUGCAGAGGAACACAAAUAUGUAGCAUCAUGGCCUCCACAGGUUCGAGAUGCCCCUUUAAACUCUCGUCACUCUGCAUCACAGCUGUUUUUUAACGUCGCAGGGUGGCAACAAAAACCGAAACUCAAACAUACUCCAAAAGACUGCGGGUCAAUCGGUGCAGUCAGUCAUGCUCUUUACCCUCCAUUUCCAAAGCGGAAUCAGGAAAGAAAGGAGAGGGCCACGGGUACGGGAACCCAAGAGGAUAGAAAAUUAAAUGGGGUCACUGAAGUGCUUCGUACGUGCUGGUUAAGCUGACAUCGGUGUCAGAUGGGAAGAAAUGGUGGAGCGGUCUAUGCAACGAGAGGCCGGGUGACGCUUAUGUGCUUUAAAACGAUCUUGGUCGCAUUCCCUUAUAACACAGGAUCUAGAGAGUGAGUUUUAUUUUAUUUUUUUCGCAGAUGUUUUAUUAACAAAUAUGCUGUGUAGUAAAUUAAUAAAUAAGACCUUUUAUAACAUGG